CAUAAAAGUCCUAUAUAUACUUAGGAUCGAUAGCUAAUUACUAUAUAUGUCGAUAUCCCACGCCCAUCCUUUGCUUCUUCCUCUCCUUGUAUCACUCUUUUUCUUGCCUGCUGUUUUGGGCGGAAAUAACUUCAGAACGUGCAAUGGAAGUUAUGAAAACUAUCGCGUUAAUGUCGAGACUGUGAAGAUCUCCCCAUACCCGGUUACCCGUAGCGGUAAUGCAGACAUUACAAUAACCGGUUAUACAGCCAGAAUCCCUGAUGGUUCAGUUGUAGAACUCACCAUUGCGAAAGCCUCCGCCGGCGACCCUAAAACUUCCAGUAUUAAAACCUACAACUUGUGUGAUAAAGUGAGGUGCCCCAUCAGACCUGGCCGCUUUUCGUUUACUUUAUCUAAAAUAUUCAGUAACGAGGAGCUAAAAGGAAGGAUAUAUGUUAUUACAGUACGCAUCAAGGAUGCGAAAGACACAAGUAUGUGCGUUGUGUUCCUUUGUUGGGUUACCGAUGAUGGUAGUACGUCUCUUAUUAGGCAAGCUGCUACGAUGAUGGAGCUUGAAUAAGCCAUUGAACCAAACAGGAUGAUUUCUAAUCGUACCGAAAUUCUAAAACGAAAAUUUAUGCAGUAGACGACUAAUAUUUGUUUCUUUUAAUUACGUACUUGUUUUGCAAAUAAGAGGAGAAGAAGUAAUCUUCCUCCAGUUUUUAUGUUCAUGUUGCUUGUA